AACACAUCAGGAGGAGCACUCCUCGGAGGAGUCGGAGAUGGCACGACCACUUCUACUGAUACAGCUCCAGGACCAGCAGCAACAACGCCACUCUUCGGCAAUGCGCAAAGUUCGCUUCUUACUGUUCCUGGUGCUGCAACUAGUGGAGGAGGUAGUACAACAAGUACAAGAAAUAACUCACGUGAACAACUCCGCUUGGGGAUAGGGGCUGGCACAAGUACAACAAACUCACGUGGUGAACGGGGUCCUCUGUGCGGGAUCGGAGUCGGCAGUUGUACCUCUACCAACAACAAUUUGCUUCGUUCUCCACCGCCCCUAGCGCAUCAGAGUAUCCCUUCUAUUAAGAUCAUGAGUGGAACAAGUGGAGGCGGCGGAGGUUCCAAGAGUCGCACUGGCUCGCGCUCCCAGAGGAGCAGCAAGGCGAGUUUGAAGGGGAC